CACUGGUUCCGGCCCAUGGAAAAGCAAAACAGCCCCCUGUUUCUCGGAGUGGAAUGCCAAAACCAAGUGCUUCGCCUUUUUCUUCCAUCCUACAAAUUCCAUCGCCCUGCCUGCUUCCAACCUGACAACGAAACCACUCCACUUGUUUUCACUACUCGAAGGCAAAUCAGAGAGCUACGAGAGCUUAGAGCCAUGGCAACAGUGAAGAAAGCGUCGGUGUUGGUGGCCGCCUGCGUCGGCGCAGUGGAGGCGCUCAAGGAUCAAGCAGGGCUUUGCAGGUGGAACUACGCUAUGAGGUCGCUGCAGCAGCACGCCAAGGGCAACGUGAGGUCGCUGUCUCAGGCCGUGAGGAUGCAUUCCUCCAUGUGCGAUGGGAGGAGCAGCGAGGAGGCCAAGCGGUCGGAGGAGUCGCUGAGGAAGGUGAUGUACCUCAGCUGCUGGGGACCCAAUUAGAGAGCUUGCAGAUCGAUUAAUAAAGAGAGAAAUUAAAGAGUUUGGCAACUGUACAAUUUGUUCUUUGUUUUGCAAGAAUAAUAGAUGGACAAAUAUUACGUA